AUAGUUCAUCAUAUUGUAACUCAUGAACCAGUUAUUAAUCUAUGACACUGACAUUAAAUAGUAAAUUUGAUAUGUCCAGUUUAAACGUGUGUGUGUGUGUGUGUGUGCACGCGUGUGUGCGUGCGUGAGUGAAGUAAAAGGCCACAGUGUUAAACAUAUAGAAAAACAAAUGCCAAGUCCAUUUUUGUCCUGUUGCAACACGUUCUGUUGUUUUAUAGGUGCUAUUAAAUCAUGCAUUUUCAGGUCAGUGCUUUGUCUAUGGAAAUGUCUGGUUUUGUAUCACUAGGUUAUCUGUGACUUUUCAGUCAGGUGGGUCUGUGUGACGAACAUUGUGUGGGUGUGUGUAUGCUUGUGUAUCUGCCACAGUCCUUUAUAAAGGAGAUUUGGGAUUCGGGACAAUCAAUAAUCUCUUUGACCGAAACAAAGCUACAGCAGGCAACAUCAGAAGACGAGAGACACGUUGCAAAACUUUUUCAGUUCUCACAUCAAUUAGUUUGUCUCCAAAUAUACCAUGAUGUGGAAAGCUGCGGUGCUGGCUGUAUGUCUGCUGCUGGCUGAAGUGAGGGCAUAUGAUGGACCAUCAUAUGGGGUGAAACUGUGUGGUCGUGAAUUUAUCCGUGCUGUCAUCUUCACCUGUGGAGGCUCUCGCUGGAGACGCUCAAUCACAGGCUCAGAUGACCUGAAUGUAGACCCUUUUGGCUCAGACAUUCGAGAUUCUGCAGAUGGUUUGGUGCUGCCCUCUUUGCCAAGGUUCUCACUCCAGCAUGACACUGAACCUGUCUCUUUUGAAAUAAUGCGAGGAGUGCAGAGAGCCUCUGAGUUCAGUCGGCCUGCCCGCUCCAUCAUCUCAGAUGAAGUUCUGGAAGCCUUGCGUACGUCUAGCAGGAAAGGCCGGGAUGUGGUAGUAGGACUGUCCAACGCCUGCUGCAAAUGGGGAUGCAGCAAGAGCGAGAUCAGCUCCCUGUGUUAAGACCAGUUACAUACAGCUAACUCCUCUGUGUGUGUGUGUGUGUGUGUGUGUGUGUGUGUGUGUGUGUGUGUGCAUGCUUUCAUGAGCGUUCCCUGUCUUGGAAUUUGAUUGCCAGUUAUCCCAUAGAUGAACAUAAAAACAAUAAAAUGUUAAUCUGCAUCAGUUCACAGUAAAUGUAUGCUUUACCCAACCACGUUACAAUUCAUGUUCACUUGUAACUGAUUCUUUUUAUGAAAUAAA